UCCCGCGUGGCGCCGAGCAAGGCCAGGCAGCCCCAGCUCGAGGCCCGCGUCGCCAUGGCCGCGGUUCCCGAGUUGCUGCAGCAGCAGCAGGAGGAGGACCGCAGCAAGCUGAGGUCUGUAUCUGUGGACCUGAAUGUUGAUCCCUCACUUCAGAUUGAUAUACCUGAUGCACUCAGUGAGAGAGAUAAGGUCAAAUUUACAGUGCACACCAAGACCACGCUGCCUACGUUUCAAAGCCCGGAGUUUUCUGUUACAAGACAGCAUGAAGACUUUGUGUGGCUACACGACACUCUUAUUGAAACUACAGACUAUGCUGGGCUUAUUAUUCCCCCUGCUCCUACAAAGCCUGACUUUGAUGGUCCUCGAGAGAAGAUGCAGAAACUGGGAGAAGGUGAAGGGUCUAUGACCAAAGAAGAAUUUGCCAAGAUGAAGCAAGAGCUAGAAGCUGAAUAUCUUGCUGUCUUUAAGAAGACUGUAUCCUCCCAUGAAGUCUUUCUUCAGCGCCUGUCUUCUCACCCUGUUCUCAGUAAAGACCGCAACUUUCAUGUUUUUCUGGAAUAUGAUCAGGAUCUAAGUGUUAGGCGGAAAAAUACCAAAGAGGUGUUUGGUGGCUUUUUCAAAAGUGUGGUGAAAAGUGCUGAUGAAGUCCUUUUUUCUGGAGUUAAGGAGGUAGAUGACUUCUUUGAGCAAGAGAAGAAUUUUCUUAUCAACUAUUAUAAUCGGAUCAAGGAUUCUUGUGCAAAAGCUGACAAAAUGACCAGAUCUCAUAAAAAUGUUGCAGAUGACUAUAUCCACACUGCAGCCUGCCUCCAUAGCCUGGCUUUAGAAGAACCCACAGUCAUCAAAAAGUACCUGUUGAAGGUUGCUGAGCUAUUUGAAAAACUUAGGAAAGUAGAAAGCAGAGUGUCCUCAGAUGAAGAUUUAAAGCUGACAGAGCUUCUCCGAUACUACAUGCUCAACAUAGAGGCUGCCAAGGAUCUUUUAUAUCGGCGCACCAAAGCCCUCAUUGACUAUGAGAACUCAAAUAAAGCACUGGAUAAGGCCCGGUUGAAAAGCAAAGAUGUUAAGUUGGCAGAAGCACACCAACAGGAAUGUUGCCAGAAAUUUGAACAACUUUCUGAAUCUGCAAAAGAAGAACUGAUGAACUUCAAGCGAAAAAGAGUGGCAGCAUUUAGAAAGAAUCUAAUUGAAAUGUCUGAACUGGAAAUAAAGCAUGCCAAGAACAAUGUCUCCCUCUUGCAAAGCUGCAUUGACUUGUUCAAGAACAACUGAUCUGCCUUUUCUCUGAAUGAAGGACACAUGUGAAAGAAAACCAGCAUUACUUGCACUUAAAUCAUUACCACAGAUUUAUUACUUUGACUUUGGUUUAAAAUUAUGUGAAUAAAUAUUUUGAUUUCUAAAAAUCUUAACACUUAACCAUGUUGGUUUAAAAAUAUUUCUAUUGCAUGUUAUUUGGAUAUAACUAAUCUUUUCCUUGUGCAUUUAAUACCUCGGAGUGGGCAGGAUCUAAAUGCUGGGUUCUGUAAUUUGUGUUUGGCUAUUUAGAAAAGGUGCAGGAAAAAUGUGCCUUCUGAAAACAAGUAGAAGCAAUUACCUGGCACAGGUUAUCUCACUGUUUCAUGUGCCCAUGGCCCUACAAGCCAGUUACUUUAAGGGUAGGUGCCAAUUUCAGCAGUUCAGCUACUUGAUAACAUUCCAUUCCUUAAUUAGGCAAAUUUCCUCCUCCUUACUCUCAUGGAUCUUUAGUCACCUCAAGUGUUUAUACUGUAACAAGAGUAAGAAAGUCUUGUUUAUAUACUCUUCUCAACUUCAUUUUGUAGUUGGGAUAUAAAUAUUUGAGGGGAGAGAAGAAUCAUGGGUAUACAAACAAAUGUGAUGUACUUUAGAAGAUGAACAGAGCUAACAUUUAAGAUGUGAACUCCCUCCAUAAUGGCGGGUGUGUGCGCGCGCGUUUGGAUUUUUUAAUAAAAUGUAUAAUAAAUUAAUCAUGCUACCUUAUGGAGUAUUUCUAUGACUAACAGAAC